GAAGGCCUAAACAUUAAACUUCUCCCCCAUCAGGUUGAGGGUGUCUCCUGGAUGAUCGACAAGGAGAUCGGAGAGCGCAAGAAGAACGGUGUCCUGCCUAAGGGUGGUAUCCUGGCCGACGAUAUGGGACUUGGAAAGACUGUCCAGUCUGUCAGCUUGAUCCUGCUCAAUCCUCGUCCGGAGCUUGACGCUAAGCCACCACCCGAGAACCCGAAGCGCAAGAUGCCUGGCAAGGAGGUGGGCAAAGGAACGCUUGUCGUGGCUCCUCUCGCUCUCAUUCGCCAAUGGGAGAGCGAGAUCAAGACCAAGGUCGAAAAGAGCCAUGCUUUGCGCGUCUUGGUUCACCACGGUCCCUCACGAACCAAGUUCGCUGCAGAACUCAAGAAGUACGACGUCGUCAUCACAACCUACCAAAUCCUCGCAUCUGAGUUUGCUGGUUCUUCUGAUCACCCCGAUGGUGCAAAGGUUGGCUGCUAUGGCAUCCACUGGUACCGUAUCAUCCUGGAUGAAGCUCAUUCGAUCAAAAACCGCAGCGCAAAGUCUACACAAGCUACGUACGGUUUGAGAAGUUGGUACAGAUGGUGUUUGACUGGCACUCCCAUGCAGAACAACCUUGAUGAGUUGCAGAGUCUGAUCUGCUUCUUGCAGAUCAAGCCGUACAACAACCUUGCUACCUGGAAGGAGCAAAUCACAAUCCCAAUGAAAAACGGCAAGGGCAACUACGCUAUCAAACGUAUCCAGUACUUCCUGAAAGGCUUCAUGAAACGCAGGACCAAGGACAUCCUCAAGGAAGACGGCGCCCUGAGCUUUGGCAAAAAAUCAAAGGACGGCGAGAAGAAGGGUACUGGAAUGAAGAUUGUUGAGCGCAAGGUCGAGACUAUCAUCUGCGAGCUUGAUCCCAAGGAACGCGAUUUCUACGACCAACUCCAGGAGAGAGCACAAAAGCGUCUCGACGACAUGAUGGGCGGCGAAAAGACUGAUUACAUUGGAGCUCUCGUCUUGCUUCUGAGACUUCGUCAAGCCUGCAAUCAUCCAAAGCUCGUGUCCGGAUCCAUGGGCAAGGACAAGGACGCACUAUCCACAGGGCAGCCCGCCCCCAGCCAGACACCGCGUAAAACCUCCGCCAGCAGUAGCCAGGACAACGACAUCGACGCACUUGCCGACAUGUUCGGAGGCAUGGGUGUUCAGGUCAAGGAUUGCGAUAUUUGCAGUGACUCUGGAUCGGGAUCUGAAGCCGAGUCUGAGGAAGAGGAAGGCGAUAUCUCAUGUUCUGGUCCCGCAGGUGUUGAGGCAGCUUCGACAAAGAUUCGUCGCUUGUUGCGCAUUCUACAUGCCGAGACACCUGAGCACAAGACGAUCGUCUUCUCGCAAUUCACCAGCAUGCUAGACCUGAUCGAACCGCACCUGCAGAAGUCUGCUAUCCGCUACGUCCGUUACGAUGGUGGUAUGCGUAAUGACGCUCGCGAAGCCUCUCUGAACUCGCUUCGCAACGAUCCCAAGACUCGCGUUCUCCUAUGCUCACUCAAGUGUGGUUCUCUCGGACUCAACUUGACAGCUGCUUCGCGCGUCGUCUUGAUUGAGCCUUUCUGGAACCCAUUCGUCGAGGAACAAGCAAUCGAUCGUGUGCAUCGUCUCAAUCAGACAGUCGAUGUACACGUCUACAAGCUGACUGUUGGCAACUCGGUCGAAGAGCGCAUCAUCGAGCUUCAAGACAAGAAGCGCGAAUUGGCAAAGGCAGCCAUCGAAGGUGGUAAGGCUGUCGCCAAGCUCACCAUGAAGGAUAUCAUGAGUCUGUUC